GCGCACAAUACCAGCAGCUACUACUUGAAUGAGUUCUACCCUACCCUCAGAGGUCCAAGUCAUCGUGCUUUAUAUUACCUUUAUGUGUACCUUUAAAGCUUAGAAUUCCGAAAAAAAAUAUUCUCAAAUAGUGUUUAAAAUAAUAAUAUUCAAAAACUUUCUCAGAUUAACGGCUAAACAGAAAAAUGGAAACGGUUUCCAGUAAACUGGAGAAAGGUGUAAAACCGCCAGAACAAGAAAACGGGAAGCAUAGAGGUAACUGGUCCAAAGGAGCUGAGUUUCUUUUAUCCUGUAUCUCCAUAUCAGUAGGAUUAGGAAACGUUUGGAGGUUUCCAAGUUUAGCUUACGACAAUGGUGGAGGUGCGUUUCUUAUACCCUACUUCAUCGUGUUGUUCUUGAUAGGAAAACCCAUUUACUACUUCGAGUUAUGCAUUGGUCAGUUUUCUGGCCGCAGCAUGGUCAAGGUGUGGGGUUGUGUGCCAGCACUCAGAGGUAUAGGGAUUGGCCAGAUGCUCACAGGGUUUUACUUCGCCGUCUUCUACACCUACAUCAUGAGUCUGACUUUGUUUUAUAUAGUCUCCUCCAUGCAGGCUCAGCUACCCUGGACACAGUGUGACGUCACUUGGGCAGACGAUACGUGCUAUGACCACAAACUGAAUUUAACGAACGAAACAACGAAUCUUCUAAAUCGAUCUUCUUCAGCAGAACAGUUCUUUUAUAAGUAUGUGUUGAAGGACGCUGGCGGUUUGGAGGGAAUGUCUUCCGUAGAUUGGAGGCUAGUCCUGUCACUAUUUGCAGCCUGGGCGAUUAUUUUCCUGAGUCUGGUUAAAGGUAUCCAGUCUUUAGGAAAGGUAGUUUACGUCACUGCUAGUUAUCCUUACCUGGUCUUGAUAUCAUUGUUAAUCGUCGCUGUAACAAGAGAGGGCGCUGUUGAAGGUAUAAUUUUCUUCUUUAAACCCAAGUGGAACCGCUUAUUGGAUAUAAAGAGAAUCCGGCAUGUUUCAGAAGUAACAACAGAAAAGGUGAAAUACUGCCGGGAUGCCUUGAUCAUCAGCUUGGCGGACACACUGACCAGUGUCCUGGCAGGGUCAGUAGUGUUUGCCGUGUUAGGGACUUUGGCUUAUGACUUGAAGAGAGAUAUCAGUACAGUCGUUAGUCAUUCAGGCCUCGGUCUAGCAUUCGUGGCCUAUCCAGAAGCCUUAGGGAGAAUCCCGGUCGUACCGCAACUGUGGUCGGUUUUGUUUUUUGUGAUGCUGUUUCUUCUGGGAUUAGGCACAGUGAUGGGGUUUGUAGAAAGUAUCCUGACUGUGAUAAAAGACGAGAUGCCAAAGUUACAUCAAAAGAAAGCAGUGCUUGCUUUCGGCCUGUGCCUGUUGUGUUUCCUAGGCGGUCUUCCCCUCACCACAAAUGCUGGCCUCUAUGUUAUGUAUCAUUUGAACAACUAUUACGUAACUUACUGCUUAUUGUUGAACCAACAAUACUAUUUUCACAUUUUAGGCUGGCCUCUAUGUUAUUUAUCACUUGAACAACAAUUACGUAACUUACUGCUUAUUGUUAUCUAUAUCUAUGGCAACGUUAUGCUGGGUAUUAAUCUUCGAAAGAGCGACAAUGGGAUCCCUCCUUGGGGAGAGGCUCUUGGAUGGGGAUUGGCUGCUGUAGCUUGGGUUCAGAUCCCCGUGUGGAUGGUGAUCGUUGUGAACAGAUUUCCAGGCGAAACCAUAAAAACGAAGUUCCUCUUGGCUCUUCAGUCUAAGAAAGAAUGGGGACCCAAGAACUUGCUUGAUAAAUUGGCGUGGAAACAAUGGCACAAAAACAAGACAGGGUCGGACAAUUUAGCGUUUUAUUGUAAUCCCAAGUUUAGCGAUAAAAUUGACGACGAAAGAAGCGAGGAAAUUGAUAUGCAAACCUAAAACAUCGUAUACCAAUCAACAAAUAGUUGUUUUUUGUGAUGUAUUUAUUAAUACUUGCAAUAAUGUUAUCUGUUACUAAGAGCAUAUUUAACCAUGUAUUUUAAAACUUAUACUACCAUCAGAGACCUUUUAGUAAAUAAAAAAUAUCCAUAAAUUUUACCCUCUGGUAAA